GCAAACAAGACUCUCCGCACGCGAUCGACCAUGGCAGAGAAGGUCAACUCUGAAGCUAAGCCACACUGCGCUCCCCUUCCCCACGAAAAUGGCAGCACUUCCUGUCCUGCUCGCCCACCUACUACUACUCCUCCGCGCCCCCCAUGGCGCCGCCGCCUCCGCGCCCGCGACGCCGCCGCCUCUCCCGGUCCUGCCCGUCCCCUCCUACGCGCAGCUCCGGUGGCAGCUCUCCGAGAUGGCCCUGUUCCUCCACUUCGGGCCCAACACCUUCACGGACUCCGAGUGGGGCACCGGCCGCGCCGACCCCUCCGUGUUCGCGCCGUCCGCGCUCGACGCCGGGCAGUGGGCGCGCGUCGCGGCGGCGGGCGGGUUCGGCCGCGUCGUGCUCACGGCCAAGCACCACGACGGCUUCUGCCUCUGGCCAUCGGCGCUGACGGAGUACUCGGUUGCCGCCUCGCCGUGGCGGGGCGGGGUGGGGGACGUCGUCGGGGAGCUCGCCGCCGCCGCGCGCGUGGAGGGGAUCGGGCUGGGUCUGUACCUCUCGCCGUGGGACCGGCACGAGCCGGUAUACGGGGACACCAUCGCGUACAAUGAGCAUUACAUGGGCCAGAUGACUGAACUGCUCACCAGGUAUGGAGACGUUGAGGAAGUUUGGCUCGAUGGUGCAAAGGGCGAGGACAAGAAGAUGGAUUACAUGUUUGAUGCCUGGUUUGCACUUAUACAUCAGCUACAACAAAGGGUUGUUAUCUUCUCAGAUGCUGGACCGGACACUAGAUGGGUGGGAGACGAGGCUGGGGUUGCGGGUUAUACUUGCUGGUCUCCCUUCAACAAGAGCUUCGUGACAAUUGGGCACACCAUAGCCGAAUACUCACGCAGUGGGGAUCCUUUUGGGCAAGACUGGGUUCCUGCAGAAUGUGAUGUUUCCAUCAGGCCAGGUUGGUUCUGGCACGCCUCAGAGAAACCAAAAACUGCAACAACUCUGCUUGACAUAUACUAUAAAUCAGUUGGUAGAAACUGUCUCCUCAUUUUGAAUGUUCCUCCCAAUUCAUCUGGCCUCAUUUCUGAUGAAGACAUGCAAGUCCUUCAGGAAUUCACUGAGAUUCGGCGUACAAUUUUCUCUCAGAACUUUGCUGCCAAUGCCACUGUCACAGCAAGCAGUGUGCGCGGUGGGCUCGACAAUCUGCUGUUUGCACCCUCCAAUGUGCUUAAAGAUGGCAUAUACUCCUACUGGGUUCCACAGGAAGGGGAAACGUGCUGGGAGAUGUUCUUCGACCUUGGGCGAUCUAUUUCCUUCAACGUGCUCCAGCUGCAGGAGCCUAUCCAGAUGGGACAGCGUGUCAUCAAGUUUCAUGUGGAUAUCCUCAUAGAUGAACUGUGGCAAACAAUUAUUGAAGGCACGACAAUUGGGUAUAAGAGGCUGCUACAAUUUCCAGUCAUUGAAUCUCGAUACCUGAAGCUAUCUGUCGACAAUGCACGCGCAGAUCCACUGAUCUCAUUCUUCGGUGUCUUCAUGGAUCCCUUCUCGACCAGAUAUAACUUAGAGAAUUACGGCAAACCACCCCGCACAAAUAGUAGUGAAGUUAUAAUGUUAAGGACGGACCAUGCUGCUGGCAACAAGAGUACUGCCGCAAUGUGGCGCGAGACCUUCAACUCCUAGCUCGCCAAGGAGCCCUUCGCGCCGCUCAUCCCUCCCCAUGACCACCUCCUCACCGCCGCCUACUCCUUCCUCGUCUCCCACGGCUACGUCUACGUCAACUUCGGCGUCACCCCAGCCAUCAAGGAGCGCAUCCCCAAGGAGCCCACGAGGCCCACCACUGUCAUCGUCGUCGGCGCUGGCCUUGUCGGGCUCGCCGCGGCGCGGCAGCUGGUGGCGUUCGGGUUUAAAGUGAUCGUCUUGGAGGGCCGCAAGCGGUGUGGCGGCCGCGUGUACACAAAGAAGAUGGAAGGCGGUGGCGCGGCCGCUGCUGACCUCGGGGGCAGCGUGCUUACCGGGUCGAUAGGGAACCCACUGGGAAUUGGUUUGCGGGAGGCUGCUAACAUGACACUCCAUGCCAACGCCCGAGCAGCAAAGACUAAAGUGGACAGAAGUCUGUCGACAAACACACAGGCUUGUGCUGCUAUAUUACUGGACCUGUUUAGGCAACCAUACUUGGAGUUUGGAAGCUUCUCUGUUAUUUUUGGAGGGAAAGCUUCUGAUCCAAAAUCUCCAGCUAUUCUAAAGGUGGAACUUGGUGGCCCUCGAAAGAAAAGUGCAAUUGAAGGUUAAAAAACAGAACAGCACCACUCAAACAAAUUGUUGUUUCAGCAGCUCCAGUCACAUUUCAACCAGCAGCAACAACUUUAUGUUUACACAUUGCUAUCACGACAUCAGGCUAUGGAGCUAAGAGAGGUUAGAGGAGGUGAUGAAAAGAUGCUGCAUUACCUCUGUGAAAAACUGGGUGUGAAAUUAGUUGGCAGGAAAGGUCUUGGUCCUGGGGCUGAUUCUGUGAUUGCAUCCAUUAAGGCACAGCGUAACAGAAGUCGAACUAAACCUGGCCCCUCGAAAUCAAAGCUGAAGGAGGGAGUCUCUAAAGCCUAGUUGUGCUGCAUCAUGAUCGCUGACUGCUGUUUUCUGAGGGGCUGAUUGCAUAUAAUUGAUAGACCUGAUGUCUUCGCUCUGUCGAUCGUAUAUCUACAUGCAAUGAAGGUGUUUACUUGGAUGUGGAUGUCAUACUUGGCGAUUUUUUUAAGAUGCAAUAACAUCAAAUUAGAUUGAGUGAGAUCUCCCAGAUUCUUGUAAUGCCUUUUUUUCCAGAGAGGCUGCUGUAAAUAUGUCAUCUGAAAUAUGAUCGUGCAUACUUUAUUUGUUUUUAGCAUAACUGCUUAUUCUUGAAGAACCUUGAACCUUGUAUGUGGAUGUUCUUCAAAAUCUCGAAUUGGGAGAAGUGUUUAGAUUAAUAACAUGGC